CCAACUACAGAAGAUGAUUUCCACCCUUUCCCAGAAUCAUGGGAGUGUGAUCUCCUACUUCACUCGUUUGAAGGGACUAUGGGAAGAGUUAGCGAAUUUCAGACCUCGUCAGCAACAAGAGCACCAAUCUGAAGAACAAGUCAUCCAAUUCUUGAUGGGAUUAGAUGACUCCUACUCAAAUGUACGUGGGCAAAUCUUGUUGAUGGACCCUCUACCACCAGUUAACAAGGUAUUUGCACUCGUACUGCAAGAAGAAAGGCAACGUAAGAUCGUUGCCACAGUUCAAAGCUCUGAGGUUGCUGCAUUCGCCAGUAAAACCUAUGAAAGGUUAGUUCCCAAUGAUCAUCUUUCUUCUAAUCCGAAACUCAUUCAAAAGCAAAAUGCUAUGGGGCAACUUCGCAAGAAGGAAAGACCCAUAUGCAGUCAUUGUGGAAAAUCAGGUCACUCAAGGGAUAAGUGCUAUAGACUUCAUGGUUUUCCACCUGGUUUUAACUUCACAAAGGGAAAAGCCCCUGCAGCUAAUCAGAUCUCUAGUGUUAUAGCUCCAGAUCUCUCAUAUGAUAUCUCUAAGCUCACCAUCACUCCGGAUCAAUGUCAAAAGAUACUCUCAGUACUUCUGCAACCUCAACUGCAGUCUUCUGGGAUGAUGGAUGUUGUAAAGGAUGUGCCACGACCUUCCGUGAAUCAGGCUGGGCGCCUUCAAAUGACUGCCAAAAAUGCCCGGCCACCAUCUGUUCAUAGUUUCUCAGGACCUAUUGAGUUGGAGGACGAUUGGAAUGGGGAAGCUUGAAGAUGGAUUAUAUCAUCUUCAACUAAAUGAAAUCCAAACUGCUGCUGGUACUCUGAACUCUUCAUUGUCAAAAUCCUCUCCACAGUCAAGCUUGUCUGCUACUGUUAGUUCCCAUGAGUUUGAUCUUUGGCAUUACCGAUUAGGACAUCUUUCCUUCACACGUCUUAGUAUGUUGAAUAAAUCUGUUCCGGAAAUAAAUGUUUGCUUGAACAACCAUUGUAGCAUUUGCCCUAU